GUGCAUGGAGGAUCAAGCAAGUCUGCCCCAAGGCUGAACUUCUUGCUGUGCCUCCUUGAUUGAGCAUCCUUCCGAAAAGUGAUCUUUUAUCUACUUCGAACUUCACCACGCCGCUGCAUACUCCAGCAUCAUUCCAGCGGCUUUUGUCCAGAUGUUCGCCCCUUUCGGAAACCAGACCGCCAAUCAGACAGCGACGUGGCACCCCGAACCGCGCGGCCGAGGGACCUUCGGACUUCUCUCAUCUUGCAUCACGACUUUGGUUCUCUGUGUAUACACAGCUGUCCACCUCAAUAUUCCUGAACAUGGCAAAGAGCGUCAACAGUACUUUCGCAAGUUUGGAUGGGUAAUAUUAGGCCUGCUUGCCCCAGAAAUCGUUGCUUGGAAUGCUUGGGAACAGUACCGGACGGCCUCAAUAAUCACUCAGGUCGUCCAUAAGGCAUAUCCACCGGCACUAACGUCGCCAUGGUACAGAAAUUUCUGGGCGUCUUGUAAAAGGGCACCAGGACGCUGGUUUUCAACAGGUGUUGACACAGAGGAGUGUCUUGACUCUCAGAUACCCCUUGGCUCAUUGAAUACCGACACAUCGGCACACCGCCAUCCUUGGACCUUGACACACGGUUUCUAUGCAGCCAUGGGUGGUUUUGUGAUUCAAGCGAAAGAUCUCGGCCCAUCCUACGGAACAGGAGCCUUCGUGCUCAGCGAACAAGGCAUAGAGUUCCUGGCUGACACCGAGCCUGUCUCAAUCCCCAACAUCCCGGAGUCAGAAAUACUUGACAAGAGCAAGGCCAGCACACUCACCAAAAUUAUCGUAUGCCUACAAGCACUUUGGUUUUGCAUUCAAUGUAUUGCCAGAUUAUCACAAGGUGCCUCUAUCAGUUUCCUCGAACUUAAUGUGCUGGGUCACUGUCUGUGCGCCUUUGCGACUUAUGCAAUAUGGUGGAAAAAGCCCACUGAUGUCAGCCAACCUACAAGUCUGUCUGUCUCCAACGGGUUGAGAGAAUGGGUGGACGCGGUCUAUCUGUUCAGUGGUCGACCCGGCGCUCUCCCGAUAUUUCCUACAGUUCAUGGCAUGCGGUCAAGUGCGCGAGCGUCAGAAACCAGUUUCAACACGAUGGACAGUUCUUGGACUUCUCAUGAUCCACAGUCGUAUGAAAUUAUCACAAACAAAGUCCUGUUUGGCGAUUUGUUACGAUCCAGAAUAACUGGGGAACAUUGUUUUGUCAAAAGACACAGAAGCAGACUGCUUUACGUCUUGAAGUUACAAUUCCACAGCAGCUUCUGGAUUACAUACACGUUGUCCAGUCAUGAUAAGAAGCGCCGGAUUACCUUAGAGAACCCUGACGUCCCUCAAGUCAUCUUUGACCUAGAAACAACAAUGGCGGGACGCCUAGAGCGAACAUGCAAAUCACGCUACCGACACUACGGACCAUACGAGACCUCUAGUCACCGUCACCGAAUAAGGAACUGGUCCCUUUCAGAAGUCUCCAUCGACAAUGCUGUAGCAUUUAGGGAGCCGCUCAGCUCCAUCACUUUUGUCAUUGUGGCAAUUGUGUACGGUGGUUUGCAUCUUCUCGCCUGGAAUGCUCCAUUCCAUACUAGGAUCGAAAAAACACUAUGGAAGAUCUCGGGCAUAUCUGUAGCAAGUAUUGGUCCAAUGUCAAUCGCUCAUGCGGGAUCGCUUUCUGUUACAAACAAGCUUUUCAACUACAUCCAUUUCUGGCACAUCAGGCACUGGAACUCUCCAGAAACGAGAUCGAGACACCCAUCGAAAGUCAUUCAGUUUCUAUAUGUAAGCAAGGACAUGGUCGUGCUAAUCAUCCAGUUUCUUGGUGUAAGCUACUUGCUCUUUUACUCUUUCACUAGAGUCUACCUCGUCGUCGAAUGCUUCAUCGAAGUGGCAUAUCUUCCCGACUCCGCCUUCACCACUCCGGUCUUUACACGCUACAUACCACAUUUCGGUUAGGUCUAUCUUACGGAGGAGAGUUUACCGAUGGAGUAAGGGGAGCAAGGGAG